AUGGGAGAAUCGAUUGAAGCUGCAGAACGCGUCCGAGUGGUGGUCCGAGUCCGACCUCCGAACGAUCGCGAGCUUCAACAGAACUCAUGUCACCAUACUCUCACUGUAGACGAUGAAGGAGGACAAAUCUUUGUAUGUAAAAGGAAAUCGGAGCAGGAGGUAGAACGUGAACUUCGGUACUCUUACGAUCGAGUAUUCAACGAGAUGACAAACCAAUCCGAUGUUUUCGAUUACCUCCGCGACGGCGUGCAACAAGUAGCCCAAGGCUUUAACUGUACAAUUUUUGCUUAUGGCCAGACAGGAACAGGUAAAACGCAUACGAUGUUAGGGCAGGAUUUAGAGCACCAUCUCGCUACGACCAGCUUAAGCCCGGAAGCCCCCGAAUCGUCUCCAACUUGGGGAGUGAUCCCUCGCGCGAUCGAGAGUUUGUUUGAAGAGCUCCAGUCAAUCAGUCGCCACGGCUCGGCUGGUGUCGUCCACUGCUCUUAUAUGCAGAUUUACAACAACGACGUCUAUGACUUGCUACAGGAAAACAAAAAACGUAUGAAAGAUCCACUUGCUGUCCGAGAAAUGAUCAAGGGCAAUGCCAAGCAGAUCUACGUUAGCGGACUCUCCGAGUUUCGCGUCACGAAUCUCCAAGAAACUUUGCAACUAUUGAAAACAGGCAAUCGAAAUCGAGCGAUUCGCGCAACAACGUACAAUGAAAAAAGCAGUCGCAGCCACGCAUUAUUGCAGCUCGCAAUUGAAGUCGAGUCGCGAGGAUUAGAGAGCGCAACGACUAUUAUUCGGCGAGCAAAACUCAAUCUCGUCGACUUGGCCGGGUCCGAGAAAUGGGACUCAGCUGUUGUUACAGGUAGCGAUCGCAGCAAAGAGUUGACAAGCAUUAACCAGAGUUUAUCAGCUUUGGGGAAUGUCAUUUCGGCUCUCGUUAACCCAAAGCGGACACAUAUCCCUUAUCGUGACUCCAAACUGACACGUCUACUUCAAGAUAGUCUCGGAGGCAAUACUCGAACGGUAGUCAUUGCAACCAUCUCUCCGUCCGAGUCCGCAGUUGACGAGACCAUUUCUACGCUUCAAUUUGCAGACCGAGCUAAGUCCGUGACAAUUCGAGUGAAAGUGAAUGAAUUAGUGGACGAUGCGAUUCUGUUAGCACAGGCACAACGAGAGAUUUCCCGGCUGAAAUUAUUGUUGAAGCAAAGCGGUUCUCACCAGCAACUAUCCGCACUUGAAGAACAGGUAGCACGAUUGACAAAGGAAAAGACAGCUCUUGUUGCUGAGAAUCAAAAGCUUCGACACACCGUUGCGAGCCUUCAUAAUACAGCGAUCGUAGCAGCACAUUCAGCUCCUCCAGCUAACCGAAAUAGUGUCCAAGGUAUCGACGACCGACCAUCAUCUGCACUGCAAUUGAGCCAAUUGCGACUUGAUCUGAAGGCUCUUGGAACAAAACCAGUCGUGAUUACAGCGUUUACUGACGGGAACACGGAAAAUGAAAGACUCGAACAAGCUGCGAAGGCUCAGGAGCUUAUUCUGCAAGAAAUUCAAACCGAACGGCGCGAGCUGGAGCGACAGCUUGAACUUCUGUCACAUUCAGGGGACAACCAAAGGGCUGAUUCAUCCGGAAGUGGUGAAAACUUGGAUGGCACGGAAGAUCCCUGUCCGAUCUGCGGGAAUGACAUCGACGAUCACAACGAUGCAGAACUAGAUCGCUGUAUUGAGUUGGAGAUGAAUUUGAUCAAGCAACAGCAUGCGGUCACAGCCAAGCCCGAGUUACUGCACAGCACGGGGGGCAAGGUGCGGCAACAACGACCUAACAGCCAGAGUAAGAGAACGACCCCGGGCCAAGUUAGUGGACCUCGAAUUAGAGCAGCUCCUCGUUCUGCUACGGCGGAUCCGAGACUUCGUCGAGUCUCCACCUCUGUCCACGGCAAAUCAAGUCCGUACAUUUCGAACGCAGUUCGAAAACCUUCGACUCCACCACAAGCGAAAAAUGGUGAUGACAGGACCAACGGUGUAUCUGAAAGACAGUCAAAAGAAGCGUUUAUUCGCUCUAACACGGACGUCAACAACCAAAGAGAUAGUCAGUCUUCACCACCGCCACAGAUACCAAUUCCCAUUCUGCGCCAAGGACACAAGGGAUUGAGAGCCUUGAAGAAGUUCCGGGCGACAUCUCCAUACAAUCACGCUAUACCUCGUAAGGAAAAACGAACGACGCUGCCAGUUGCGUCAGUGUCGACUUCAAGCAACAGUAACGGAGACUGUAGCCACUCUAUCGUCAAUUCGGUGCGCGACAUUGGGCUGGAGCUGAGCGUGUAUAAAUUCCGAUAUGAUUGCUGGUACAAUUGCACUAUUGUGGGCUUUGAUCGGAAACGACGAAUGCACUGCUGUCAAUAUGACUGCGGUGACAAACAAUGGCAGGAUCUCUCGGGGCACAAGGUCAAGGUUAUUGGUAGAUCCGACAAUUCCAGAUAG